CGAGCUGCUACAAAACAUCUGAAUCCUCGUUUCUGACGCUGUUUCACCUCUUACACAGCGCAAACACGUUGAUUUGAGCUUGUUCCCAUUGUACGAACUUUAAUGCGCAAACAUGGCGACGUGCGUGCCGUUCCAGAGCCAGUUAUCGUCCAUUCUUGAGGUUCUGGUGCGCUCGGCCGUGGCACAGAUCUCCAAACUGGUGGAUGAAAAAUGCGCUUUUCUGCACCUGGAAAUCUCCCGAAAGCAAAGCGAAAACGAGUUGCUCAAACGGAGACUGCAGACGGUGGAGAGCAAGAACGCGCUGCUGCAACAAGGAUACGACAAAUACCUGGAGCGUGGCAUCUCUAUGGACAACAGCAGUGCAACUGUGCAAGGAGAUAUCAAGUUUCCAGACCUUCUUGAGAACAGUUCUGCUCCGUUCACAGUGAAAGAGGAGAGUCCAGAUGACCUGUGGAUCAGUCCGUCUGCUCUCAGCACAGGUUCUUCUGCACAAUUUAUGACAACUUCCGAAGGGCAGCGAUUUGAAAAGAAUUGCCAAAUAACCCAAACUGAAGUAUCCACGGCGCAGAAAAACAUGGACAUAAGCCACACGUACAACCCAUCUCACCACAACAUGGGCCAAAACUUCACUGUAAAAACCGAAAAAGAGGAGAACCAAGCAGGGUUCAGCCAGGAUAGCUGUCAACAUAGCACUAGAAAGCUACCUCAACCAAACAAUAUGAACAACAGUGACUUUUCUAUGGAAGAACGCAGCAGCCAACUUUGGUCUUCAAUAAUGGACGGAAACGAAAUAGAUUCUAGUUUUCCAGAUUUUUCUAGCGUUGUCGACGAAUAUUCAAACACAUUUUCAGAGCAAUCGGAAGUGGUGGCUAAAGCUAGUACUGCCGAUCAAGUCCAAACGCAAUGUAACGGUGUUUUUAAUAGUGAAUUUUCCAAGGAUUCUUCACAAAUGGCUAAUUUUCAAACCGGAAUUCCAAACAACUUGCACAAUACGCAUUUGCAAGAAAGAGAAAAUAAUGAUAGGCCGACUGUAAACCAGGGAAUUAGUAUUUUUGAUAGUUCGAACUAUAGUUCCCAGCAAAACUUUCAAAAUAAGACAAUUACAACAAUGCGGGGUUACACUUGCAUGCAGUGUGGGAAGACUUUCGGACGUUUACACCAGUUUAAGCUGCACCAGCAGAGCCAUAGGAGGAAGAGGGCGUUUUGGUGCACUGUUUGUGGUAAAAGUUUUAUGUGUUCAUCCCAUUUGAGGAUUCACCAUCGCACUCACACAGGAGAGAAACCUUUCGGGUGUUCAGUCUGUGGAAAAAGGUUCACACAGCAAAGCAGUCUCAGGGUGCACCAGAGGACUCAUAGCGGAGAGAGACCUUACAGCUGUUCAGACUGUGGCAAAACCUUUAUACUAAUGCACCAUCUCAAGAGGCAUAAGGUUAUUCAUACGUACAAUGGGUAGAAAAUAUGUGGUUAAGCUGGGCUUGAACUGGUUACCUUUCAGUUAGUAGGUGAGCAAGUGUAACUAAAGGUGAUGCUGACACCAUAACAAGUGAGGUAAACUUAAAGAUGCACUGUGUAUAUUUUCUGUUGGGAGGCCUGCUAACUACUUUCCUCCAUGGAGAUGU